CUUCUCUACAACUCUGCUCUGCAUCCCAGCGCACAACAAUCACAAGCUUCGCUGCGAACCCUGGCGUCCCACUCCAACGUCGCGAUCCGACCUCAUUAAUCCCCAGACUUCCCAAUCCAAAAUCGCAAUCAUGGGUCUCACCGAUGUUCUGAGCCGCAAGACCGGCGUCAUCGUCGGCGAUGACGUUCUGCGUCUGUUCGAGUACGCCCGCGAGAAGCAAUUCGCUGUUCCCGCCAUCGUAGGUUCUUCCAGUAUAAGACGCAGAACUACUCCAGGAGGCGAGGGUUGCAUUGUGUCGCCGGCUAACAUGCUCUCAGAACGUCACGUCUUCCUCCACCGCCGUCGCCGCUCUCGAGGCUGCCCGUGACGCCAAGGCUCCCAUCAUCCUCCAGAUGUCCCAGGGUGGUGCCGCCUACUUCGCUGGCAAGGGCGUUUCCAACGGCGACCAGUCUGCUUCGAUUGCUGGUGCCAUCGCCGGUGCCCAGUACAUCCGCUCCAUCGCUCCCACGUACGGCAUCCCCGUCAUCCUGCACACCGACCACUGCGCCAAGAAGCUGCUGCCCUGGCUCGACGGUAUGCUCGAUGCCGAUGAGGCCUACUUCAAGGCCAAUGGCGAGCCUCUCUUCAGCUCCCACAUGAUCGAUCUCUCCGAGGAGGAGGUUGCGUGGAACGUCGAGACCACCGCCAAGUACCUGAAGCGCGCUGCCCCCAUGAAGCAGUGGCUUGAGAUGGAGAUUGGCAUCACUGGCGGCGAGGAGGAUGGCGUCAACAACGAGGACGUUGACAACAACUCCCUCUACACCCAGCCCGAGGACAUCCUCAACAUCUACAACACCCUUUCGCCUAUCUCUCCCUACUUCUCUAUCGCCGCUGGCUUCGGCAAUGUCCACGGCGUGUACAAGCCCGGAAAUGUUCGCCUGCACCCCGAGCUCCUCGGCAAGCACCAGGCCUUUGUCCACGAGGCCAUCAAGUCCAAGCUGGACAAGCCCGUCUUCUUCGUCUUCCACGGCGGCUCUGGCUCCUCCAAGCAGGAGUACCUCGAUGCCAUCAGCCACGGUGUCGUCAAGGUCAACAUGGACACGGACAUGCAGUACGCCUACAUGGCCGGCAUCCGCGACUACAUGCUCAAGAAGAAGGACUACCUCAUGACUGCCGUCGGCAACCCUGAUGGCGAUGACAAGCCCAACAAGAAGUACUUUGAUCCCCGCGUUUGGGUUCGCGAGGGUGAGAAGACCAUGGCCGCUCGCGUCGCCGAGGCCCUCAAGGACUUCAACUGCGCCGGUAAGGUGUAAAGUGCCAACGACCUGAACUGAAGCACAAUAUGGAUCGGAGUUGUAUUGCAUUACAUGAUUCCCCGGCAUGACAUGGUUAGACGUGUGCUGCCUGGGGAGACGGGGGGUGGGGGGGCUGCGGAACUGGAUCGCAAGAACCUUGACCAGUAGUCAACGAUUGGCGUAGGGCAUUUGUAUCACGGUGGGUGUUGAAAAUCAGAAGACGAGCAUACAAAGUAACUGCUAUUAACAAUUGUGUUG